AUGAAGUUAAAUAUAAAGACAGAUAUAAAUAGUACAGAGACGUACAAGAAAUUGUUUGCAAAAUUAGAAAAUCCAGAUGUCACCUAUCAAAAUUUUGUUAAAAAUUUGGCUAAGUAUCACUUCCAAGUAAAGGCUGUUAUGCAGGACAUUUUAGACUGUAGAGAUUCAAUGGAAAGAUUAAAUUCAUUAAACGAAAAAGGCAGAUCAUUAUUAACAAUGCUGAGGGAAGAAUUAGACAACUUGGAUUUAUAUGGGAGGGAAAGUGGCGACCAAAAAUAUGUUGUUGAGUUGGAAUCACAGAGGCAUUUAUUAGCUGAUCUUUUGAGAGAAUUUAAAGAAGCAAACAUAAGUACUUUGUUUGCAAUUGAGAAAGCCCAAAGAGAUGAGUUAUUGAAAUCGAGGAUUGAAGGUGAUGAAUCAGUUCUCCGAAAAAGGAAAAAGCAAGUGAAUAGAGAUGGAUUGUUAAAAAUGACAACAGGUGUGACAGACCAGUUGCUCUCUAUAAGUAGACAGUUAGCUGACACAACACAAAGGAGUCAAGUUACUCUCGACAGCUUAGUGUCAUCUAGUUCUACAGUACAUGGGACUCAGUCGGAACUAGAAAAUACGGCCGGAACCAUUUCCCAAUCAAGUAAACUCUUAAACAAAUACGGUAGACGAGAGUUUACAGAUAAAGUGAUAAUGUUUUUUGCAUUCCUCUUUUUCUUGGCUGUGUGUUUGUACAUUGUUCAAAAGAGAUUAUUCUAA